AUGACCGCCGAAGUUUAUUCCUAUGCCGAGCAGGCUGAUCUUGCAAACGCCGUUGGAAAGUACAUUGUUAAACAUCAGAAUGAAGCUAUUAAAGCAAACGGAUCAUUUAAAAUUGCAAUUUCAGGAGGCUCCCUAGGUAAAGUUUUGAAAGAGGCAUUGAUUGAUAAUAAGGACAUAGGUGCAGAAGUGCAAUGGGACAAAUGGGAGGUGUAUUUCAGCGAUGAAAGACUUGUUCCAUUGAAUCACGAGGACUCCAAUUAUGGCCUUUUCAAUGAAAUGGUUCUUUCGAAUCUUGCUUCUUCAACAAAACCAAAAAUAUACACUAUAGAUGAAUCGCUAUUAACAGGUAACAACGGACAAAUAGAAGGUGCCGAUAUUGAAAAGGAUAAAGAAAUUGCCAAGAGAUAUGCUGCUCAUUUACCUCACAAGUUGGAUGUCAUAUUGUUGGGAUGUGGUCCGGAUGGACACACUUGUUCGUUAUUCCCAGGGCAUAAACUUCUCCACGAAAGGGCCCAGUUAGUUUCCUAUAUAAAUGACUCACCAAAACCACCUCCAAGAAGAAUCACAAUUACAUUCCCAGUCUUGGAGAGUGCAACUGCAAUCGCAUUUGUAGCUCAAGGGUCAGGAAAAGCACCUAUUUUGAAAGAAAUCUUUAACGAUUCUGAAAGUAAGUUACCUUCCAAGUUGGUUACCGACAUCACAUCUGGAACCGAAAUUAGUUGGUUUGUUGAUUCUGCUGCAAUUGAGGGUGCCGACGUAUUAAGUAGCAAAUAUUAG